AUGGGUCCAGAGUUUUUUGGCCCAGAGGUGGCGCUGUCUAAAGAGGAGGAGGUCGACGUGAUCCUGCAGAAGAACGACAGCGGGGUGGAGUCAGUUCUGCUCUAUGCCAAGGCCUGGUCCAAGUACACCAAGGAUCUGCUGGCCUGGGUCGACAAGCGGCUGGGACUGGACGUUGAAUGUGCCAAAAGUUAUGUCAAAAUGGCCGAAUCUGCAAAGACGCUCGCGAGUCAACAGGACUACAUGCCGUUCAGAGAUAUCUAUAUUUCUACGUUUAAGAAUGACGUUGAGUACAGCCAACUCCUCCUGCAGACUGCCACUGCCCUGCAGACCAACAAAUUCAUACAGCCGCUGUUGUCCAGAAAGACUGAGCUGGACAAACUGAGGAAAGACAUCAAGGAGCAGUGGCAGAGAGAACAGAAGAAAAUGCAAGAGUCCGAGGUGGCUCUGCGUAAGGCCCGGUGGACCCAGGCCCAGAAGAGAGACGAGUACUACAAGGCCCAAUCCUCAGCCAGCCGCUCCCAGGAGGAACAGUCCAAACAGCUGGACAAGAAGAGGAGAAUGGAAGAGGAGGCUCUACAGAAGGCUGAGGAUGCCAGAGACCAGUACAGAGCGUGUGUAACUGAUGCAGGAGCCAGGAGGGCAGAGCUGGCCAGCACCAAGACAGGCAUCCUCACUCAGAUCAGAGAACUGGUGACUCAGUGUGACCUCACACUCAAAGCUGUGACAGUCAACUGGCUCCAGCUGCAGCAGGCCCAGACCGUGUCUCUCCCCGUCCACUACCAGGCCCUGUGUGAGAACGCUAAGAUGUACGAGCCUGGACAGAGAUACGCCGAGUUUGUCCGUAAUCUGUCCAAAGAUCAGAUACACAUGGAGUCCUCCUCCAUUGAUGAACGGUUUCCUGUGUUCAACAAGCGUUCAACGGGCAGCACCAGUUCCCAUAGUAACCUGUCCCAAGUGUCCGUCAUCUCCGGUGACGUCCUGAGUGGGGACGAGGUGGAUAGUCCUCUGGGGUCACGACCUGGGAAAAGGUCCAACAGCGCCACGGACAUACAAGGUACAGAGACACAGGCAGACAAUAGUAGCAAACAAUACCUCUACCCAACACAAG